AUGGCAGCACCGGGCAGAGGCGAGACCCUUGGCAUGGAGGCGGACCCCAUUGUCCGCACUUUUGGCCACCUAUAUGAGGGGCAAGAGUUAGGGCUCUCAUCUGCGGAGAAUGUGGCUCGCAGGCUCGUUCUUGUGUCGCGGUGGGAGCGCAGACUCGGAUUGGCCAUGUUGGCUAUGCUUCCGGAGGGGUACGAAUGGACCAACCACCUCCAGACCGGGGAGGUUCGCAGCGUGAUUCUUCUAACUCCACCUAACCGGGUGGCUAUACGACUUGCCAAUGGCACUUGGAAGCGCGACUACCGCAUCCAGGAGGUUCACGGCCCAGCGCCAUACACUUGGGAAUGGUACCUUGAGUACCUCCACCUCUCUGGCCUUCCUCGUUGGUUCCUCUCGCUUGGACAUGCUGAACUGCUAGGGAAUCGCGCGGAAGCCUCUGUUCUAGGACAAGAUCUUCAUGUGCGAACACCAGCAGUCAACCCGCAAUACCUGGAGGCCCGCUAUCCUCACGAGCCGCGGUACCAUGCAUUCAACGACGACAACGGCAAAGAAAUCUACAAGUUCAAGCCAACGCAUUCUCAACAACUUCAACUGGCACGAAACUUCCCUGCAACAAGCAUGCCGAACAAAGAUAGGGAGGUCCUGCUUUUGCCAGGCGGAUACAUUCAACUACACCACGAUCCUGACUCUUUGCCCUACCGAUCUCUAGCGUUUGAAGAGAUACCAUGGAAGCGCGGAGCAUGUGCUUCAUACAUCCUCGAGCCGCUCAACGAAGAUCUUGAGGAGCUCUCGAUUUUAGAUCUUGACAACAGAGAGUCUCUCUUUCAGCAGGCCACACAGGGAGGCGGUAUAGUGAACCCUUUCUCAGAGCCCAGAGGCGAAGGUGAGUUCCGUUGGAUUGAGGACGAAGAUGAGAUGCGCGCUCAACUCCUCGGAUACGUCGACUCUGAUGGAGAGCCUUCCCCCAUUGCAAUUACACGUGCACGGGAGAUUGGCGCGCUGGCAGCGGGAAUUCACGCUAGGGCUGCUCCUGCUGUGGUGUUCGUCCCAAAUCAGCGGUACUUCAAUCCACCAGAGCAGCCGAAGGGACUUGGUCACUGGGACUUCUUCAACAAAGAGUCUCGAGAGCUAGCCCGAGUGCAGUUUGCCGGCGAAAUCGACUAUAAUUUUGGAAAUAUCACAGACGUCACGGCUGAGCAGAUAUGGCGUCUACGUCAGGAGUACAUCGGAGAGUUCGAGAAUCCAACGGCCGAAAUUGACCUAGUCUGGAUUCCAGCAAGCUCGUUUAGUGCCGCAGCAGAUGCAGAGCAAGAAGAUGAAGAUGCUGAAGAAGCAGAAGGACCACUAGAGGAGGAUCUUGGCUUUGGCGUCGAUUCGAAGUCCGGCCUUGCGCACUGGCCGCCGAACGACAACCUUUACGACCAGACCGCCAACGAAGGCGACGAACCAAUAUAUCAGACUCGCAUGAUACGCGGCAAGAAAUACACCGUCGAUCGCGCUCCACCAAAGGCCAACGGCAUCCCACAAGAAGCCAAGCUCUGGAUUCCCGAGAAAGUCGGCCGCUGGACCAUCUAUCACAAGAGGGACGCCCUCGACUGGUCUGACCAGAAAUCCCUCGACGCGCUCCACAAGUGGCGCGACCAAGUCGCCGCCCGCCACGGCUGGCCAGGCAAGCGUGCCAAGCCCGCUCUAGGCUACACCAAGGAAGAAAAGAAGUACAUCGAACAAGCAGUCGAAGCGGCUGGCGGUGAUCGUUCGAAAUUGAAUACUUCCAACAUCACGAAUGCUUUCAAUGAGCAUUUCAAGACUUCGGGCGCGCGGAAGCGGGAUGCAAAUGCUAUGAGGCAGCAGAUUACGUUGGCUAUCACGGCGUAUCGGAAGAACAAUGGGAUUGAGGUAACGCCGAAGAAGCCGAAGAAGAAGACGGAAACGAUGGAGAAGACGGAGAAGAGCGAGACGAGGGAGAUGAGCGACAAGGGCAAGCAGCCCGAGAGAGUUGAGGAGGGUCCCGCUCGGAAGAAGCAAAAGAAGAAUGACGAUGCGAGCGGUUCCCCUUCCAUGGGCGGUGGAAUGGGCGGCUUUCAGACCUAG